UAUCCACAUUUGAUGUGGUACGGAGAAGAGAAAAGCUAUGCGCGUACUGGUUAUAUGGAUGUUAGCUCGAUAGCAGACUUUAUUGAUGACGCGCGCAAUCCAGCAGUGGCCGAACUAUCCCCGGAAGAUUUUGAGGCAUUCGUUCUGGAACCUUCUGAAGAAAUUUGGGUUGUUGAUUUUUUUGCGCCUUGGUGCGGCCCAUGCAAUCAACUUGCGCCGGAGUUCAAGAAGCUUGCGCGGAAUAUGCGCAGGAAAGAUUUCGUUCACUUUGGGAUGGUUGACUGCGAUGAGUACAAAUGGUUUUGCUCGAAUUUGGGUAUUCAUGCAUAUCCGACGAUCAGACUAUAUUCCUCUGGAUCAUAUACUGCUGAUUACCCAUCGAAUUGGUGGCGUGAUCACCGAACAAUGGAAGCAUGGCUGAUAAGCCAUUUGCCGUCAAAAGUGAUGGAAAUGGGUGGAGAUUUCUAUGCGCAAGUGCUAGAUAACGAUGAGCCGUGGUUGAUCGAUUUCUUCGUUUCGUGGUGCUCACAUUGCGUGGAUUUCGCUCCCGUUUUUGAACACAUUGCUGAAAUGCUUGAGGGGCGCGUGAAGCUUGCGAAAAUUAACUGCGACUCGUGGCCAAAUAUUUGUCAUGCUGUUGGCGUGAAAGCUUAUCCGACACUACGAUUUUACGGUGGCGCACGUGGAGGUCAUAUCCAGAAGACCGGAGGCAUUCCAAUUCAAUCUCAGAAUGCAGACACCGUAGUACAGUUGGUCGAAAAUGAGCUGAACAAAGCAAAAAAGCUUCUGAAGACGGAACUGUGA